CUACACUUGCGCAGUUCAGGGACCGCUGUCUGUUUGCUGUUGCCCACCGGUUGUUCAACUAAAACGUCACUGAGCAAAAGUCUUCUCUUCUCAGAUGUCUACUGCUCAGAGUCUGCGUCUUCUCCAAUGUUACUCUAAGCCAGGCACCUUUGGAUAUGGGCCUGGUGCCAUUCGCCAAUUCAGUCUCAGUGUGCUGAGAGAGGGCUACAAGUUCGUAAAUGCUCAGGAACUGCCAACAGACAUGAAGUCCAUCACUGACCGGGCCGCCACCACCCUCCUGUGGACAGAACUCUUUAGAGGUUUGGGGAUGACCAUGAGUUACCUGUUCCGUGAACCUGCCACCAUCAACUACCCGUUUGAGAAGGGCCCUCUGUCCCCCCGCUUCCGUGGAGAGCACGCCCUCCGUCGCUACCCCAAUGGAGAGGAGCGCUGCAUCGCCUGCAAGUUGUGUGAGGCCGUCUGCCCUGCUCAGGCCAUUACCAUUGAAGCUGAGACUCGAGCUGAUGGUAGCAGGAGAACUACACGCUAUGACAUUGAUAUGACCAAAUGUAUCUACUGCGGCUUCUGCCAGGAAGCCUGCCCUGUUGAUGCCAUUGUUGAGGGCCCAAACUUUGAGUUCUCCACAGAGACUCAUGAGGAGCUGCUGUACAACAAAGAGAAGCUGCUCAACAAUGGAGACCGCUGGGAGGCGGAGAUAGCAGCCAACAUACAGGCAGACUACCUGUACAGAUAGAUCUGUACACUGCACGCAAAUGUGUUACAUGAAAAGGAUAAAGUCCUCCUGUGCAAUAAAGACAAUUUUUUAGCUUUAAGAUAUUCAUGUGAGUUACAAACAAACAGUGAAGAAAAUGUAAACAUGCACAAAUCAUAUGUCUUGCGUUGUAAAGAUGGAUGAUAAUGUACUUUAUGAUGUUGACUUUAUAGUGUGUAUCCUUAGUAGCCUCCACAGUCCGUGAUGGACUAUUUUCUGUUGCACUUUAUUUGAUGUAAGUAGGAGUUUUCUGAAAGAGUUUAGUUAUGUACUA